AUGGCGACGAACGCUGAGCGCAUCGCGCUCGUCGCGCACGCGCGCGAUGGCGAUGAUCCUCCGCGGACGAACGCGAGCGAAGGGAGAAGACGACACUGGAUGUUGGCGAUUGGGAUGCUCGUCGCAGUGCUCGCGAUAGCGGCGGUCGGGGGACGCUCGGGGGAGAGGUCCCACGAUGAGGGUGCGCUCGGGCGACUAGGCAUCGGUCUUGACGCGAACGAGGUUGGAGAUUGGAUGGGGACUCAUCGAGAGUGGCGAAUCGUGAGCUUUGUGAAUAAGGAGUACGAGACGAUAGCGAGGCUGUGGUAUCACCGGUUGAGUAACUUGGGGUACGAUUCGCACCAUCUCGUCGCGUUGGACGACUUGGUGUACGAUAGUUUGAAGAGGGCGAACUUUAGAGUCCUACGGGCGCCCGGUUUCACGAUGAACAACGGCGAUAGCUUGUCGGACUUUUGGAAGUUUCGUUUGAACUACUUGUUGGAUGAAGUCAAGCGAGGACAAAACGUGUUGAUGUCCGAUCUAGACAUCGUGUUUGCCCAUCACUACGAGCCGGAAGUGAUAUUCAACAAAGCGGAGGACGAAAACGUGGACAUUUUUCACUCCCUCGGCGCGGGAUGGCCGAAAACGGCGAAGGACAGGUGGGGGUUCUCCAUCUGCAUGGGAUUCUCAGCGUUCAAGGCAACGAAGACAACAGAGAAGACGCUUGAAGCGGCGCUUGGGGUGUGCAGCCACGCGACGACGUGUGAUGAUCAAGUGGUGAUGAAUGAACUCUACAUGAACUAUCUUCAAAUGUCUUGGACGUCAAAUUUCGAGAAUGGAGAGCGCAAAGGGAUAUCGCGAAAUACGAUGAUACCUCUCGUCGUGAAGACGCUCGCAAGUCUCGUCCCUCGAGUCCGUCCGGGAUCUCUCGAAGAUGUGCCAAAGGGUCGUUCGACCCAGUGUCUUGGACACGUACAUCACGUCGACGGCGGACACUGGGCUGUGGCGCCGGUGAUUGAGAAGGAUGGAACCGCGAAGGUGGAAAUGUGGCAUUCGUUCCACGACAAAUGUUACGAAGUCACCGUGAGCGCUCUGGGUGCGCAGUGGGCACACUGA